AUCAAUUUAGUAGACGAUGUUAUGGAGGAAAUUGAUUUGAAAUUGUUUAAUUGAAUUUUUUUUUAAUUAGAAAAAAGCCUAGUUAUGUUAUUUGGAAUUAGUAUUUAAAUUUAUGCAAAUGAGGCCUUGUAACUGUAUAUAACUUGUCUAAAGCAAGUAUGAUUUAAACGUAGUGUGCUUUAACAGAAAAUGCAAUGUGAAGCAUAAGGUGUAUUUUAUUAAAAUCAAGUAUUUAUGUAUAUCAUGUCCCACCAUAAAAUGGGAAAGACAGAAGAAACUUAUGUCAUCGCAAAAUAUGAUUACACUGCUCAAGGAAGUCAAGAACUGGAUAUCAAGAAAGGUGAACGACUGAUUUUGCUAGAUGAUAGCAAACACUGGUGGAAAGUGCAGAAUGCAAAACAUCAGUCUGGUUUUGUUCCUUCUAAUUAUGUAAAAAGAGAGAAACCUUCAAUUUUUGAUAGUAUACGUAGGAAGGUGAAAAAGAAAACAGAGGCAAAGAUGUCUCCUACUGCAUCUCCUAUUGCUACAAAAGAAGUGAAUGUAGACUCACCUCGUAACGUGUCUGAUAAAACAUGCAGCUAUACAGGAACAUCUGCUAUUGUCAAAUAUAACUAUGAAGCUCAGCAACCAGAUGAAGUGUCACUUUCAAAGGGAGCUCGAGUUUUGGUUAUGGAGAAAUCAAAUGAUGGUUGGUGGAAGGGAGAAUGUGAUGGAACUGUUGGAUGGUUCCCUUCAAAUUAUGUUCUUGAAGAAGCAGAUGAUGCAAAUGACAGCAGUCACAAUUAUACACCUGCUGGAUCUGCAAACAACACAUUACAAGGCAGUGGUUGCCUAGAUGUAGUUUUGGCUCUCUAUUCUUUUACUUCCCAAAAUGAAGAAGAACUAAGUUUUCAGAGGGGUGAACAUUUAGAAAUCAUUGAUAGACCCGAGAAUGACCCAGAUUGGUGGAAAGCUAGGAAUCAGCGGAAUGAAGUUGGGUUGGUGCCAAAGAAUUAUGUUCAGGUAGUUUGCCAUGGUAAUUCUGUGGAGACAUAUCCUGGCAAAAACUUUCCACUCUCAAGUAGUGCUGAUAUUUUAAUGGACAAUGGUAUAUCUCGGAAGGAGACUACCAGUUUAUCACUUGGAGCCAGUGGUGGCUCUCCAGCACUGUUUCGAAACAAAUUUGGCAGCUUACAGGAGCGGCCUGACCUAAAUGGUAAAAGCUGGUAUUAUGGCAGCAUUACUCGAAGCCAGUGUGACCAAAUGUUAAGUGAAUAUGCGGAAGAUGGUGACUUCAUAGUUCGUGACAGUGAAACAAAUGUUGGUGAUUACUCUAUAUCACUGAAAGCAUCUGCUAGAAACAAGCAUUUUAGAGUACAUGUGGAUGGUCGUGUUUUUUGCAUUGGGCAGAGAAGGUUUGACACAUUGGAUGAUUUAGUAGAACAUUAUAAGAGAGCUCCUAUAUAUACUAGUCCUAGAGGUGACAAAUUGUACUUAAUAAAACCUUUUCAGAAACCUGCAAAAUCAUAAUAAAUAAAGAGAAAAAGGUUUUGAAAAAUUUUAUUGAUAACAUCUUGCAAGCUCAAGAAUACUGGUAUGUAUCCCCAAGAUAAGUACACCUUUCAUCCCUGAUGAAUAUACCUGUGCCAUUCUUACUAGCAUGUUUGAAGAAUGAAUUGGUUUUGCUGUACCCUAUUUGCCAAGAAGUGCCUUUACUUUAAGUUUUUGCUUUUUAAAAUAUCUGUGGAUCAAAUUUAAAUAUGUAUCAUUUUUUAUCAAAAUAUAUGGCACUUCAAUUUCCCAGUAUUUUUAUGCUUGUCUCAUUAUAUUUGUUUUCACUAAAUGCUUUAAAAACAUGUACUAAUCAGUUAUUACAGAACUUUGAAGUUCCAGAAUUUUUACUCAAGAGCUUAACAUCAACUUUGCUGCACUCAGCAUGUUCUUUGUGAGCCUUAAAUUGUUGUCUUUGUGUUGAGAUGCAGUCUAGCAUGUAAUAAUAAAUUUUUUAGAAUAUAUUUGUUAGGAGGGAAACUUUGAGACAUUUUUGACUUUGGCACUAUUGUACCAAUAAUACAUUGCAUAUUUUAUCAAGUAUUCCAUUUUUUUUUUAUGUCUAGAGCAGCAUGAAUUUCGAUACAUAAGUUAGAGACAAUUCAUAGAGCAUGUGCUUUUGAAUUCUUUUUUGAGUAAAUCAUAUAAACUUUCUUUUGAUAAUCAUCUCAGUGAUAUCUUGUAUUUCUUGAAAAAUAUGAAAGGGAAGGUGGAGGACUUGUGUGCACUUAAAGUGAUAUUGCUCUUGAAUAGAAAUAAUAAUUAAAAAAAGAAAGCAACUUAAGCAUUUAUAGUCUUAAGGUCAAAAGUCGGCAAACAUAAAAAAUAGUCAAUUGCGCACAAUUUCUUUCUCAUCCUGUGGGUAAUGUUGCACAUUAGAGAAAAAUUCACGUAUGGGGGAGAUAUUAUUUUCUUGUAGUUAAUUUUUAUAUUCCAAAAGAUUUUUUUAUAUUGUUUUAUUUUGUUUCAUUUUCUGUUUUCUGGAUUUCUUCUGUGUGUUUUGACUAAAGGCAUUAAUCUGUUUCUCAUUUAUGUUUUCUUGGCAUUAGAAUUUAAAUGAGAGUAUAAUCAACUCUUUUUUUAUAAAAGUGUUUACAGAAACACAUCUGUAACUUAUUUUAAGAAACAAGGGAACUAGUAGGCAUGGUUCAUGCUUAUGUAUUAUUAUUCCAUUUUUAAGUUCAUGUAAAUAAUUUGUCAUAAAAAAAGCAUAAAAUUGUUUCCUAAACAAUCUUUUCUGGGUGACUUUUCAGAGACUAAAAGUAAUUGUAUGGACUUAAUGUUUAAGCUUUGAAACGACAUCAGUUGUAAUGUUUAAGCUUUGAAACAACAUCAGCCGUACCAAUAUAGUAGUUUGAGCAAUCUGAUCAUCGAAUUAAAAUAAAGAGAUGUAGCUAAUUGUAGUGAAAUCUUAUUUGUUUUCCUGAAUUCCCGAAAGGUGCAGCACAUGUCUCAGUUGUCUCACACCUGCCUUAAUAUGAACAAUGGUGAUAGACAGCAUUUCCCCAUCUUCCCAUACUUCCUGAGGGAAAAAAUGCUCUCUGAAUUUUAUUUGUUUUUAAACUGUAUUUUGUGGUAUUUAUUUGAACUUGGCAGCAGUGUGUAGAUAAGGUAGCUCUCUCUAGAAGCUGUGUUCUAUUUACCGAAAUAUCCUUUCUUAUGCUGAUUUAUUUAUAUUCAUUCUCCUCUAGUCAGUUUCAGAUGACUCAUUUAUUACUAAUUGUCUGUGUAUGUACCUUUAAAUAUAAGAUACUGUCAGGUGAGAAAAAGCAUGUAAUAAUGAAAUUAGCUUUUAUAUUUAUCAAAAAUUUAUCUGUAUUUAACUAGAAAAUAUGUUAUGAGUUUAGAAUUUUAAAUUUGUUGUGUAAAGAACUGUGAUAUUUUGAUUCAUUCAUUUAUUUUGUAUGCCUAAUGAUGUGCAGCUUUUACAGCUGUAAGAUUGCGAUCUGAAAAGUGUUGUGAAUGUAAUUUUACUACCUUUAUUGUAGAAUCCAUUGUAGCUGCAUUAAACAUAAAAUCUUCUAAUGAUGUAAAACUUUUAUGCAAAUGUGUGCACAAAGCAAAAAGUGAUAGAAUAACAAUUUGUUUAACAGAAA